AUGUCUGAUGAUUUAUCCGACAUCUCAUCUUUACACGACGGCCACGGCCCAAGCUUCUCAUCCUGCCCGGCCAUCUUCGUGCUGCCUACUCACCUCAGUCUGGAAUCACUGCAUCAAAUAGAAGAGAGUCUCGUCAGUCGAGACGCAAGCCUGACAUACGAUGCUUCCGAGGCGAGAUUGAUUCUCGGCAAGAUCGGACAGAAGAAACGGGCCGCUCUGGAGCUACGAUCCCGCGGUGUAUGGACAGAGGACCUUGAUCUUUCCACAUCCAGGCCCCCAGCGAAGAAAGCGGGCAUCCAUGAACCCACUCCGCGACCUGUGGAAGUCGUCGCGGAGGUGGACGUGGUUGAUCUCAGUACAGAGACGGAGAGUGAAGAAGACGGCGUGCGAAGCAAACAUGGCACCGGCAAACGUUUAAAGCGACCAAGGCCAAGAUCCGUAUCAAGCGAUCGAUCAUCGGUCGAGUUGAGCUCGGACAAGCAGGCAGAUAUACUCCGGGUUGUCCGUCUAGAAUGGCUAGACCGAUGCCUUGAGUCAAAAGAGCUUGUACCCAUCGAUCCGUUCGUGGUAUACCAAGCUCGCAAGGUCGAGCGCCCUGCCAGUAGACCCAAGGUAGAAGGCCUCCAAGCAAACGAUAUACUACAAAGGGCAAAGCAAGACACGCUAUCCAAGCCACCCCCGGCAAAAUCUAGCCGGUUCUCUCGCCGAACCCACGAAGCACCAUCCAGCCAACAUCGCCCACCAAAGCUAUACCGACAGACGACAUCCGAAAACGAAGAAACAGCCCCCCUACCACCAGCCCCAGACUGGGUCAAGAGUCAUACUCUGUACGCCUGCAUGCGCUCUGCACCUCUCCACCCACCCAACGAAAGAUUCAUCAACCAACUAGUCAAGAUCCGUACAGUCCGAGAGUUGACACUCGACGAGAUUGGCGUGCGAGCUUACAGCACUUCCAUCGCAUCAAUAGCCGCCUACCCGUACGAAUUCCGCCGUCCAUCCGAGAUCCUCACCCUCCCGGGCUGCGACGCCAAGAUCGCCAACCUCUUCGCCGAAUACCAGCAGAGCGAAGAUGGCACCGUCGAAGCCGCGACGGCACUAGACACAGACCCGGUCCUCAGGGUCAUACACGAAUUCUACAAUAUCUGGGGCGUGGGCGCCAAAACAGCCCGCGACUUCUACUACCACCGCCAAUGGCGAGAUCUAGACGACGUAGUCGAAUACGGCUGGAACAGCCUCUCCCGCGUGCAGCAGAUCGGCGUGAAAUACUACGACGAGUUCCUGCAGGGUAUCCCCCGCCACGAGGUCGAGGAUAUCGCCAAGAUUAUCCAUCGACAUGCUAACCUCGUCCGUCCCGAUGCCCGGUACGACGGCCGUGGGGUGGAAUGUAUUGUGGUGGGCGGGUAUCGACGGGGCAAGGAGGCUAGCGGUGAUGUUGAUCUCAUCCUGUCCCACCGUGACGAGUCUGUAACGAAGAACCUGGUCGUUGAUAUCGUCGGGAGCCUCGAACCAGAAGGCUGGAUCACACAUACCCUAACCUUGCACAUGACCACAUCCAACCGGGAUCAACAGACGCUACCCUACAGGGGAGAUGGCACAGGGAAACAUUUCGACAGUCUCGACAAAGCACUCGUCGUAUGGCAAGACCCGAACUUCGAGGACGACACAGACCCCACCCCGCCGUCUGAAGCAGAUGCCGAAGAGCAAUCUCGCCAGAAACGGAAACGUAACCCUAACCCCCACCGUCGUGUGGAUAUCAUCAUAUCCCCCUGGCGCACCGUCGGAUGUGCCGUCCUCGCUGGUCGGGCGAUACGACCUUCGAACGCGACCUGCGCCGGUGGGCGAAGAAAUCGCGGGGAUGGAAAUUUGAUUCUAGCGGGGUCAGGGAACGUACCACUGGAGGACAAGUGA